AUGAUGAGCCUUCAAACACAGAUCAAUAUUGAUAAUCAAAGAGAGGUUAUGGAAGCAAUGGGCUUGAUUCAGAAUCAGCUAGUUGAAAUUCAAGGCAGAAUGAGAAGAACAUAUGCUGAAAGACUGGAGUAUGCUGACUCUAUCGCAAGGAAAUUUCAAGCUGAAGAGAAUGCAAAAGAUGCUGCUGAGAAAGAGCAGAAUACCAUUACUCAGGGCAAUGCUGUUAGAGACAGAAGAGGUGACGGUGUAACAACCGGAACCAGAUCUAAGCGAAUGUCAACAAAUGAUGAAAACCAGAGGCCAACUAAAAGAGGCGGAGAUCGAAGCGGUGGUGAUCACGGAAGCCGAAGCAGCGGUGAUCACGGAGGUCGAAGUAGUGGUGGUGAUCGCGGAGGUCGAAGUAGUGGUGGUGAUCGCGGGGGUCGAAGUACUGGAAGUGAUCGUGGAGGUCGAACUGGCGGAAGUGGUUGUGGUGGACGCAGUCUUCCUCCGCUCCAGAACCUGCUGACUGCCGAAGGGAUGAGCGGUGAAGGAUUCACCUAUCCAAUUGAUCCUCGAUGUUUAUGUAAGAUGGAUGAACAAGUUUUACUUCUUAUCUAUAUGAUGAAUGCGUAA